AGGUUUUGGGGUGUAGUGUUCAUUUUAACCUACCACAUUUGUCGCUAUAUUCGUGACAGAAAAGGCUGUGGACGAUAGUGAACAAGAUGAAGGAUUUGUUGAAACGUACAAGAGUAUGAUGAAGAUAAUAAAGCUUAAAAGUGUGCUCAUCUACAUCGGAUGUAUCUUUGUUAUUAAGGCAUCGUUCGCUCCGUUGGAUUCCUUGACAGGAUUGAAACUGUUAGAAGCGGGGCUAACUAAAGAUAGUUUAGUUACUUUAAGUGCUCUACUCAUACCCUUACAGAUCUUGUUACCCUUGAUAAUAACAAAGUAUACAAACUCCCAGUUCCCUCUUAUUACUUAUGUCAGUGGUGUUCUACCCAGAAUAUUAGGCGCUCUGUUGAUAACUCUGUUGGUCUUCUACGCUUUCUCUGCAUCAGAAUUUGGUGCUAUGUUCUACAUUGCUGGGUUGAUAAUACAGAUUUUAUAUUCCGCGGCAGCUACCAUGAUGUUUGUCUCCCAGAUGAUGUUCAAUGCACGUGUCAGUGACGUGAAGAUGGGCGGUACCUACAUGACCCUUCUCAACACCAUGAUAAACCUGUCAGGCACCCUUCCUCAGACACUGUCUCUGUUAGCUGUAGACAGACUAACAACCUCCACCUGUGUUGGAUCAGAUACCGUUACCUCCUGCUACAUGGACAAAGAGACUUGCACCGCGUCAGGAGGGACUUGUUCAACUGAAACAGACGGUUUCUUUGUUCUCGUAACUAUUGGAAUGUGUUGUGCUCUCUCUGGAAAUGGAAACUCUCAAAAGUGUACCUAAGACUCCAGACUCAGUCCAUUGAGUCAUGGCACGUAAGCAGCUCCGACUAACUUCACAGUACCUCUAGGUUUACAGAUUAAUUAGUUAAUUAAUUAAUUGAUUGACUGAUUAGGGCAAAUUGUAAAUUUCUUGAUUAUUCUUGGGUUAACUAGUUUCUAUACUUUGUUUGACGUAAUUGUUUAAAGUUACUCUAGAUAUGAAUAACGAUUUAUUUGAGCAGGUUCUCAGCCGUCUUGUUAAGGUUUAAUCAGUAAAUUACUAGUAGUAGUAAUAAACUAAAUCUUAUAUUUGGUAUGAUUUAAGUUAAUUUAUUCGAAUAUGUCGACCAAACAAAAUAUAAACAUUUGAUAUGCUUAAGUUAAAGACACUUCAUUUUAUUUGCUUAGCUUGGCUGGCUUCGGUUUUGAUACUAAUAAUAUUCAGGUUUUAAAACUUUUCAUUGGCAGGUUGAGCAACCCUAAAUCCAUAUCACUGGAAUAUUCCAGAGUUUUAUGCGGGAAUUCUUCAUUUUAGUUCUAGAAUAUUCUUUUUGUUCCAGAAUAUUAGUUUAAUUAGGUCAAGUUACCUGAGCUAGUACGUUGUUUUAUGGGCUGCAUAAAUCUAUGAAAUCUAAUAUAUGAGUCGGGGAGUAUAAAGUAAAAGGUUGUUUAUUAGAUUAAAGUAAAGGGUUGUUUUAUUAGAUUAAAGUAAAUAGUAUUUACUUUGUUGACAAGCGUGUAAUUUUAUCUUAACAGCGGGAUUGUAAGAAUUCGGUGACUUAACUUACCAGAUAGUUGGCAAAAGAAUAGAAAAUACUUUAGCGUAUUUUAUUCAGAAAUGUGUAUUCCAGAGGAACUAUUGAGAUUUUAAAAUCGCACUAAUGUUAGCACUUGUUUCGACUACAACAACUGCGAGAUGUAAACCAUUAAUAUUGUUAUCUAAGUUUAGCUUAUGAUGUAAUGCAGUUAAGUUAUUGUUUUGUUUUAAUAUUUCGGUUGGUUAUAAUGUAAAAUAGUAUCAGAUUAUGUUUAAUGAUGACCUAACAUUUCCUUCAUUGCUUUGCGUGUUAUCUCUAUCAUGCUAAUCUACAACUUCAAGAGCAUGUUUUAAUAUUGAUAAUGAAUGUUGAAUGUUGAGCACAUUCUAUUCGAAGCGUCCACUCCUGUUAAGAACUAUUAGUUUUAAACCUACAGUUACUAAUAUUA